UGUGGCACCACCACAAUCUUGUCACCUAAACCUCGUCCCCAGGUGCCACAGGACGAGGAUGACUCCUCUUUUUAUCUUGCAGAGCUGGUUGGGCCUGGCUGCCUCGCCUCAGGAACCCCCGGACAGACCUUCCUGGUUUUCCGGCCCUCCCUGGCCACACCUGUCCCACCGGAGCGCCCGGCAGGGGACUCUCCUGGCAUCCCAGGCAGGAUCCUGCCUCCAUCCCUCUCCUGGCUCCCUCCCGCCUGCCGGGGAGAGGCUCGGGACUCCUCGGCAGCGGCUCCACCAUCAAUCUCCUCCUGGCAUCCCACCAUUCCACCUGCCCAUUCCAGGAGCGAGGAGCGCAUCACCUGCUCACACCUGCACAGGUCCCCGGGGGAACCUCAGGGCGGCCACCAUGUCCCAGGCCACCACCUGCCUCAAGCAGCAGGGGGAUGGCGGGCAGAGCCCCCCACCGCUGCCAUCACCACCAGGAUCCCCGCAUAUUUUCCCUCCGGAGACGCUGUUCCGACAGGCAGGUGGGGUCACCUACCGCAUCCCGGCUCUGCUCUACGUGCCCCCGGAUGAUUCUUUCCUGGCCUUUGCCGAGAAGCGCUCCUCGGCCCGCGACGAGGAUGCCAAGUACCUGGUGCUGCGGCGGGGCCGCCGGCACGGCUCCUCGGUCAAGUGGGGUCCCACGGAGGAGCUGUCGGCGCUGGCGCUGCCCGGCCACCGCACCAUGAAUCCCUGUCCCCUCUACGACGCCAGGAGCGGCACCGUCUUCCUCUUCUGCAUCUGCGUGGAGCAGGGGAAGACGGAGCGGUGCCAGAUCUGGAGCGGCUGCAGCGCCGCCCGCCUCUGCUUCGCCACCAGCGCCGACGGCGGCCGCGGCUGGAGCGCGCUGCGGGACGUGACGGACGAGGCCAUCGGCGCCGACCUGUCCCGCUGGGCCACCUUCGCCGUGGGCCCGGGCCACGGCGUGCAGCUGGACUCGGGGCGCCUGGUGGUGCCCGCCUACACCUACUACGUGCACGGCUGCCUGUGCGGGACCCUGCGGCUGCCCUGCUUCACCCGCCAGCACUCCCUCGUCUUCUACAGCGACGACGGCGGGCGCCGCUGGCACAAGGGCGCGCUGCUGGGCGGCGAGCGGACGGGCGAGUGCCAGGUGGCGGAGAUCCGCGGCCCGCGGCAGCCGCCCGUGCUGUACUGCAGCGCCCGGGCGCCGCGGGGCUGCCGGGCCGUGGCGCUCAGCACCGACCGCGGGCUGCGCUUCCAGCGGCCGGCGCCGUGCGCGGCCCUGGGCGAGCCGCCGCGGGGCUGCCAGGGCAGCGUGGUCAGCUUCGCCCGCUCCGCCGCGGCGCCCACCUGGCUGCUCUACUCACACCCCACCGACCGGCAGCGCCGGCGCGAUCUGGGGCUCUACGUGAACCCCUCGCCGCUGGACGGGGCGGGCUGGCGGCGGCCCUGGGUGCUGCACGCCGGGCCGGCCGGGUACUCCGACCUCGCCGUCUGCCCCGGCGGCCUCUUCGGGUGCCUGUUCGAGUGCGGCGCCAGCAGCGCCUGCGAGGAAAUCGCCUUCUGCCUCUUCGCCCUGGAGCCCUUCGGCGAGCAGGAGCUCAAGGCUUCCUAAAAUAGACCCGUUUUAGGCAGCGCGGCCGCUCCUGAGCACUCCAGCGAGCGCGGCAGUGCCGAGAGCUCACCGGGACAUGGCGAGCGCGCCAGAGGCUCAGCAUCGUGUUCCUUUUAUUUAAUUAUGUCUUUUUAAUCACCCGUCAGAUGUUGUCGGUGACCUGCGGCAGCGCAGGAUCUGCUCUGGCUUGGCCAAGGGGGAUGCCAGCACAGCGCAUGAAAUGCCGCUGCUUCUCCAAAAAUCAGCAUUUUUCACCUGGUAGCAGCUGAAAAGCAGAAGGUGCCAGCAAGAGCAGCUGAUUCCCUGAGGAAAAAGUACCCAGGAAUCUUGGUUUAGUUAAAAAUAUUCCAGUUCCUGUGUUCCUGCAGGUGGCAGAGGAUUCCCAGUUUUUAUCAGUUUUUAUCCUGCUUUCUUCACUUGACUGCUUUAGACUGAGUUUCUCCCUGCCCCCUGGGCAAAAGCGCUCGAAUCUUGAUUGGGGGUGAGGGGAGAGGAGUGCUGGGGAGUGUUUCAUUCUGCUCCAUAGGGAACAGCUUGUAGCAUCCCGACAGUGACAGUGACCUCACAUCCCCGGGCUGCUGUCAAAUAAAAUUCUCCCAAAACACGUGAAA